UCUAUCAUCUGACUUUGCUCAUAGGAUACGAUUCCUCAUCUCGCUUCACGGAGCGACGGUUGCUUGCUGCUCUCCCACUCCAACUAUGGCUGCCGCCGCCGUGCCGGCUUCCUCCCUCCUCCGCCUGCCCCCGUCCCCGUCUCCUCCGCUCUCCCUACCUUCCUCAUUGGCUUCCCCGGCGCGCCUGAGGGCGCUUCCACUGCUCCUCUCCUCGAAGCUGCGCGCCUGCGCCGCCGCCGCCGGCUCCGACUCCCCUUCCAACUUCGGAAAUCAAGCAUCACUGAUGCCACCAUUCAGCUUUACACUUGACGAAGGUUCUUCUAGGUCCAAAAAGCCAUACAGAUGGCAAAGAGUAUUGCUUAAAGUAAGCGGGGAAGCUCUUGCUGGAGAUAACACAGAAAACAUUGACCCAAAGAUCACAAUGGCAAUUGCAAGAGAGGUUGCUUCCGUCACCAGACUAGGUGUAGAGAUUGCUAUUGUUGUUGGUGGGGGCAAUAUCUUCCGUGGGGCCUCUUGGGCUGGAUGUAGUGGGCUUGACCGCUCAUCUGCUGAUUGCAUUGGCAUGUUGGCCACUGUGAUGAAUGCUAUAUUUCUUCAAGCAACAAUGGAGAGCAUUGGUAUACCGACCCGUGUCCAAACUGCCUUCCGUAUGUCAGAGGUUGCAGAACCAUACAUACGCCGAAGAGCUGUCAGGCAUUUAGAGAAAGGAAGAGUUGUUAUAUUUGCUGCUGGGACAGGGAACCCAUUCUUUACAACUGAUACAGCUGCUGCUCUCCGUUGCGCAGAAAUCAAUGCAGAAGUAGUGCUUAAAGCAACAAAUGUUGAUGGUGUGUACAAUGCGGACCCCAAGCAUAACCCAAAUGCCCGCCUUCUUGAGACUCUGAGCUAUCAUGAAGUGACGACAAGAGAUCUCUCAGUAAUGGAUAUGACUGCCAUCACACUAUGCCAAGAGAACAACAUUCCCAUUGUCGUGUUUAAUUUGCAAAAGCCUGGAAAUAUUGCAAACGCUAUUGUUGGUGAGAAGGUUGGUACCUUCAUUGGUUGCACAAGAAAUCAGGAACAAAACAGAAAUGUGCUGAGUCAUGAAAGAAGAUUGGUUAACGAGGUGUGAGCCCAAAAAAAACAGCUGCACAAGUUGUGGCUCUCUCUUUUUCUUAUUUAUUUUGUGCGUAGGAGGUUUUGGGGGGUUCAGGCUGGUGGUGGAAUUAGACUAGAUUAGAUAUAGAAAUCCUGGAUAGUUGUAACCUUCGGAGAAGACGCUUGGUCCAAAAUUUUCCAGCCAAGUGCUGCUACUGCUACUGCUAUGUACAAUGGACUCAAGGACUAUCUAAUAAAACUAAAUUUAUAUGAUUGUCGCCA